AUGCAUCAAAGGCCCCCCAGAGUGCCCCCCAGAGUCAUUCCUGAGGCUUCGAACCACAGGACUGCAGGCCCAGCACUCACCCGACUCGCCAGUGAGUUAGUUCAGCUCGCUAUAAACGAAGAAAGUCACUUUCUUUUUCUGGGAUACGGUAAAAGAGCGGCCAGGAAACGGGAGCACACGGCUACCCGAGACCGAGGAGGAAAAAUCCGCGUUUCUUCCGCGGCCCUGAGGGAAAAGAGUGGCUCUGAACUCCUCUCUCCUUCUCCCUCUUCCUCUCCCUCUCCUCUCCCCCGGCGCCGUCACAGACCGCACCGUCGGGCCCCGGCGUGGGACGCGCCCGCGGCGAGGAGCAGCCGCCGGCAGCCCGUGCCCGCCUCGCCCAUGGAGGAGCCGCGGGACCCCGCGGAGCGCUGCUCCUGCCGCAACACCGACUGCCUGGAGCGGCCGCUGCGCCGGCUCUUCGAAAGGCUGGCGAGCGGCUUGGCCGCCUGCCCCUGGCCCUUCCUACUGGUGCCGGUGCUGCUGUCGGGGGUCCUGGGCGCCGGCUUUAUUUUCCUGCCGCAGCGGCAGGCGAACGACAUCGAGAGGCAGUUCACCCCGACGUGGGGGCCCGCCAAGGCCGAACGCGACUUCGUGCGGCGACACUUCCCGCACAACGACUCGGAGCGCUUCUCCGCCCCGCGGCUGCCCACCGAGGGCGCCUACGCCGCCCUCAUCGCUGUGGCGACCAACGGGACCUCGGUCCUGGAGCCGGCGGCGUGGGCGGAGGUGCUGCAGCUGAACGCGACCGUGCACGACGCCGAGUACGAGCGGCUCUGCGCCCGCACCGCCGGCCGCUGCGCCAGCCCCAACCCGCUGCUGUCGCGGCAUGCGACACCGCCCGAGCCGGGGAGACUCCGCUUCCCCGUCAACGACAGCGUCUUCCUGGGGACCGCGCUGGGCGGCGUGGAGACGGACGGCGGCCGGGUGCGGAGGGCGCGGGCUCUGAAGCUGAUGUAUUACCUGCGGGAGGACGGCCCCGGGGCGCAGGACAGCCGGCAGUGGCUGGAGAGCUUCCUGCAAAACAUCACUUCCAAAGUGGCGGAGCUGCGCCUCGUCUCCAUUCAGGUGACGUACUUUACCUCGCUGUCCAGACAACAGGAGUUUGAAGGAAAUACCAAGASUGUGAUCCCACUCUUCUCCRUAACGUAUUUCUUGACAAUAACGUUUGCAGUCRUCUCUUGCCUAAG